AUUUUCCUUGCUGUUCUCUUCUGUCUUCACUACCUCCGUAACUACUUCCGAACACCUAAUAUUUGCUCGGCGGCGAUGGGCAAUUGCUGCGGUGGAAGUGGUGGAGGCGGCGGUGGUCAAUCAGCUAUCGGUGGACUAUCUUCUCACCAUCAUCCGAAUACUAAUAACCGUCCAAACGACGGCGUUGAAGGUUUUCUGAAGUAUCGCGGUUACCACGGCCUUUACACUCAGAUCGAGUUAUCCUUAUCUGCUUCAAACUUGCGUGACCGGGACAUACUUUCCAAGAGUGAUCCUAUGACAGUUAUAUACAUAAAGGGAAGGGAUGGUUCAUUGCAAGAGCUUGGCCGCACUGAAGUUGUUUUAAAUUCAUUAAGUCCGCAGUGGAUUAAGAAACUUAUUAUUGCUUAUCAUUUUGAGUUGAUUCAGACAUUGGUGUUCCGUGUAUAUGACGUUGACUCUCAAUUUCAUGGACUAGAAGAGAAGAUGCUUAAGUUAGAGGAGCAACAACUUCUUGGCGAGGCUACUUGUUUAUUGUCUCAGAUAGUAACUAGACAAGACCGUACACUGGCCAUAGAUAUUGUGGGAAAAGUAGAUUCUGCCAGCUCGACUCCUUCAAAGAAUUUUGGGCAGCUCACAGUUCAUGCAGAAGAAUGUGUUGUCUCAAAAACGACAACAGAGUUGAUAUUUAGGUGCAUGGAUUUAGAAAACAAGGAAAUAUUCUCCAAAAGUGACCCCUUUCUAGUAAUAUCCAAAUGUGUGGAAAGUGGGCAUGCUGUUCCAAUAUGCAAAACAGAGGUUCUAAAAAAUGAUCUUAAUCCAAUGUGGAAACCCGUCUCCGUAAGUAUCUCACAAGUUGGAAGCAAGGAAACUCCACUUAUAAUCGAGUGCUUUAAUUUCAAUAGUAAUGGGAGGCAUGAUCUGCUUGGCAAGGUCCAGAAGUCACUUGCUGAGUUAGAAAAACUUUCUUCUGGUGGGCAGGGAGAGCGUAUGUAUGUACCCAUUGCUGUGGGAAAAGAUCAUCAGACUAAGGUACUUAAGAGUCAGCUCUUUGUGGACAAGUUCUCUGAAAGUGUCAAUCAUACCUUCCUGGAUUAUCUGGAUAAUGGCUUUGAAUUGAGCUUCAUGGUUGCUGUAGAUUUCACAGCUUCAAAUGGAAACCCUCGUUUACCAGAUUCUUUACAUUAUAUAGACCCUUCUGGACGUCCAAAUGCAUACCAGAAGGCAAUUCUAGAGGUUGGUGAGGUACUGCAGUGUUAUGAUUCUGACAGGAAGUUUCAUUCAUGGGGAUUUGGAGCACGGCCAAUUGAUGGUCCUGUCUCUCAUUGUUUUAACCUAAAUGGGAGCAGCGGGUACUCAGAGGUCGAUGGGAUUCCUGGAAUUAUGACAGCUUACGCUGGUGCAAUAUUGAAUGUCACACUUGCAGGGCCAACCCUGUUUGGGCCGGUGAUUACUGCUGCAGCAACAAUAGCCAGCCAUUCUUUAGCAGCCAAGGAAAAGAAAUACUUUGUUUUGUUAAUCAUUACGGAUGGAGUGAUAACAGAUCUACAAGAAACAAAAGAUGCCCUUGUGAAUGCAUCAGAUCUGCCGUUGUCUAUACUUAUUGUUGGGGUUGGUGGAGCUGAUUUUAAAGAGAUGGAGAUCUUAGAUGCAGAUAAGGGAGAGAGACUUGAAAGUACAACUGGACGCAUUGCAACACGUGAUAUAGUCCAAUUUGUUCCAUUUAGAGAAGUACAAGGUGGAGAAAUUUCUGUUGUUCAAUCACUUUUGGAAGAACUACCCUCACAAUUCUUAACCUUCAUGAGAAACAGAGAUAUUCUUCCAGACAAAUGAUUACAUACAAAAUUUGUAAAUAUAUGUUACUAGUGUUUUCUGCGAUAUACUGUGUGCAAAUUUUGACUUCAUUUUGAACUUUGUAUUUUUAUCCUCCUGAUUUGGAUAGAUUUAGUGGCUCUAUUGACCCAUCUAGGUAACCUGUCAAAUAGAAGCCACGAUAUCUACCCAGAUCAUAUUGGCAAACAAAAGGAGAAAGAGAUUGUCACUUAAUUGUGAAAAGGUAGAACUGCAAUGUGAAGGCAUCACAGUUUGUGGAUUGCUCGCAGACAAGUGCAUUGAGUUAAUUGACGAUGUACUUGUGUUGAGUGUAGAAACUUAUUAAGAGUUUAGGUUGAGCUAAUUGACAAGAGCUUCCUGUAUUAAACACUCUUGAUCUCUUCUAUUUCUUUCAAUCUUGUAAUUUACUCUUCUUUUGAUAUGGAAAUUGGUUCAUUUUUUUCA